CACUGCUUCCCGGCCUUAAAUUCCUUGCCGGCACCUGGCGAUCGUUGUUGCGGAAAGCUGACAGGGGAGAGAACUGUAUGCUGUUUUGUAUUUCUCUGCACAGCAGAGAAAUACAAAACAGCAUGUCUCCAAGGUAAAAACACAUACAGUACACAUAGUAAAACACAUACAGCACACAGUGGACCCUUUGAUCACCCCAGAUGUUAACCCCUUCCUGCCCAGUGUCAUUAAUACAGUGUCAGUGCUUUUUUAUUAGCACUGAUCACUGUAAUAGUGUCACUGGGGAUGUCAGUCAGUUCCCACCCAGUGUUAGAAUGCCCACCGCAGUCCC